GGCUGUAUAGAAGACUGAGAUAGUUUGACAAUCCCCGACUUACUGCAGACUUUUAACAGAAACACAGGGUUAUACUGCAGGGGUAGUAUUUAAAGAUCCACCAUGAGUCAAGGGCGUGGGGAGAACAGCAGAGAUACUAUAUCCCUGCGAAGACGCCGAGAACUGCAGCGAAUCUUACCUAAGAAGGAAGCAGAGAAGCCAAAGGAUGUUGAAAAGCCAAAAGAGAAAGAAAAAGACGGAGAAAAAGAGAAAGAAAAAGACGGAGAAAAAGAGAAAGAUAAAGUUGAACAGAUACAAGAAUCUCCACCCGCUGCUGGAAGUCGAGGUAUACGGACACGCCUCUCAACAGGCAGUAUCCAUAUGAAUGGCACAUACACUGUUGCCGUGGCCAAGGAGAUUGAAAAUAACCAAAAUCUGAUGCAUAAAGACCCAAACCUAGACCAGGCAGUCAGUGGGAGGUCUCAUGAUUCCUGGACAGCUGAAGAGAAACUCAAAAUCGUCGACUUUGCUGAAAAGUUUGGAAACAGAGCAGCUGGACGUCGGUUCAAUGUCGGGGAAUCCAAUGUACGUAAUUGGAGGAGACUGGAAGAUGAUCUAGCGGCCAUGCCUGCCAGCAAACGGGCAAACAGAGGUAAACAACCUUCACAUCCAAACUUGGAGGAAGAACUGUAUGCUUGGAUCCGUGAUUGUAAAGAAGACGGUAUUGAUGUGGGGUCAACAGAUAUAAGAAAUCACGCAGCAGAGCUCUGUAAAACCAAGUACCCUGACCCAAACUUCAAGGCCUCGCUGAAUUGGUGUUACCUGUUUAUGCGUCGACACCACCUCAGUCUACAACAGGUACCAACGACGCCACCCUCCAGCUCUCCCACCACGAGUAGCAGUGGCAGAAAACGUGGUCAUACAGGAGUGGUAGAGGGAAUUCAUUCUCAGGGCCCAGGAGGACAAACAGUUCCACCCAAACGUCGCAAAAUUGGACGCAAUGAUGGAUCUGGAGAGGACAAUAGAAAUGACUAUUUCUGUUGGCUCUGUCACAAGGAAGGGACAGUGAUCUGCUGUGAACUGUGUCCACGUGUGUACCAUACCAAAUGUCUAAACCUUGGGCUCAAGCUUCCUAAAGACUGGGUCUGCCCAGAGUGUGAGAAGAUAAUGAGAGCAGAGUGUAUUGAUACUCGUUCAAAGGCCAUGUCUAUGAUAAGUAUAGAUACGCUGUGUACACUACUGAAGUAUGCACUGGAAAGAAUGACACACCAAGGGAGUGACCCAUUUAUGAAGCCAGUUGACCUUAAUGCUGUCCCUUAUUAUACAGAUUAUAUCUACAAUGCCAUGGACCUUGGCCAGCUUGAGAGGAACAUCAAAAAGAAGUUGUAUGGUUGUACAGAGGCCUUUCUAGCUGAUGCAAAGUGGAUCCUACACAACUGUAUUAUCUUUAAUGGCACUCAUCAUAAACUCACAAGUAGUGCCAAGAUGAUCAUCAAGAUCUGUAAGCAUGAGAUGAAUGAAAUAGAGCUGUGUCCGGACUGUUAUUGGAACUCUUGUGUUCGUAAAAAUGAGGAGUGGUUCAGCGAGACGUGUAGGACACCUCACACUCUAGUCUGGGCCAAACUAAAAGGAUACCCGUUCUGGCCCGCAAAGGCGCUAAGAGAGGAAGACGACCAAGUGGAUGUUAGAUUCUUUGGGGCUCAUGACAGAUCAUGGGUUCCCACAUCACAGGUCUACAUGUUAUCUAAAGAUAUCCCGACACCUGCGAAAAACAAAAGAGGAGGAUUUGAAAAUGCUAUGGAAGAACUGGAAAUACACAUCAGGAAAAUAAGGGAAAAAUUCGGAAAUUUUGAAUAUGCAAGUUUUAGGAUGCCUUACGAUAAAAAUCAUGUUUACUUCCACAACAAGAUGAAGCAGCCAUUUAGGAAAGGUCGGCAAGCAACAAACAACUCAAAGUUCUCACCUAAACCCAAAUCAUAUACAGUUAAACAUGUUUAUACAAACAAGAAUCCUUCAGAAAGUCCAACGAAGGCAGAGAGACAGUCAGCAAUGCUGAAAACAGCUGAUGCUGUCCGAAGUAAAUAUAACACUAUGAUAACAACACGACGCAUUACUGCUGAAGCUACUCAAAGUGGCACAGAAACUGUUGUUGCAACAUCAAGUUCACCAAAGAAAACCGACCUUGGAAUCGGGCAGACAAAUCGUAUCCAGGUUUUGCCAUCAAAAGUUUCUCCAAAGCAGGUUGGUCAAGCAAUGGUCAUUCCUACCAAUCUGAUAAAAGUGGUCAAGCUCCCCUCAUCCACAGCAAAUACAAUUAUUGUUAAGCAGGGAGAUAUUGAGAGGAAAGUGAUUAUCAAACAGCCAGAAAACCAGUCUAAGGUCAGUAUUGUUGACAAAGUACAGGACAAGAUUAAACAAAUGAAUGCAGAUAGACUUGAUGUGGAAGGUGAAGAAGGAAGUGCAUCACAACCAAAAACAGAAGACACCAACAAUCAAAGUAGUCGUGAUAUUUCUGCAAUAAGUGAUAAAAAAAUGAAGUCUGACAAUACAGAAUCUGUUAGAGAUCCAUUGAUUUCCGAAGAUAUUUCCGAUGAGAUUUCAAACGCAAAUGUUACAUCAGAUCACAGUGACAAAAUGGACACUGAUGACAGUGUUAUAGAGUCUGACCACAACCAAGAUAGUAGUAUGUCGCCCUCUAAACAAAUCUACCUCACAAAUCUACAGAAGACAAUACAGUCGUGCAAAGAAAAACUAGGUUUGAGUGAUGAUUCUGUUCUGUCUGCGGAUGAAGUUGAUGAUGAUGACGAUGAUGAUGAAGAUGAAGAUUUACACGAUCAGAAAGAAGAGUGUGAAAAAAAUGAUUCGUGUGAUGCAAAUAAGAAUAAUAGUAUUUCAAUGGAAACUGACAUUUCAUCAGAUAAAUGUGUGACAGUGUCCUCAGCUGAUAAUUCGACAGAAAUCAAAAGUGAUGAAGAUUCAGGAAGUAAUGUUAUUGAUUCAGCUAGUACUGAUCAACCAGAAACGGUGAACACAACUGAGGCUGAAAAAAUGGAGACAGAAUCAGAGAGUGUGGUUAAACAGAUACAAACUGAUGAGGAUGAGGGUAGGACCCAGCCACCAACAGAUCAAAAACGGGAUCAGACCAGUGUGUCAAAAGACAAUGAGAAAAACAGACAGACUGUGGAAUCAAGAAGUACCCCACAGAAAGAGAAUUCAGAUGAUUCAGUUGAAAGUGAAGGAGUUCAGAAUUCAGAGUGUUCUUCUGAUCUUGUGCAGGAAAGUGAUGAUCAUAUGAACAAAGACAUAAUAGAGGAAAAGAAAAACAAUAAUACAGAUGAGUCGGCUUCACCACAGAAAAACAGUGUGCUAGAAUCAACAUCCAAGCCAAAAGGAUCAGAUUCUAAAGACACAAGUGUCGCAAAGUUGAGUACUUCUCUGAUGGAAGUUGACAAUCAAUCCAACCUUGUGACAGAGGUGGAGAGUGACUCUGAUACUGACCAUUUGGUCAUGGAUCUUUGUGAUGGUGAAGAUCUAUCUGUAACGACAUCAAAAUCUGAAACUCCAGCUAAACACUCUGUGUCCCCUCCUGUAGUAAAGUCAAGUACUGGUGCUAGUGAUAAAUUCAAACAGAUAGACUUGACUGGGGUCAAUAAGGUUGUGAUAGUGAAACAGUCUCCCUCAUCGGGAGCAAACACUUCAAAGUCUCCAUCAAGCUCUGUUGCCAAACCUCUCACUUCCAAGUCUCCUAUUUCCAGGAAGUCCCCAGCUGUGUUUGGCAAGCGUGUCCCAUCUGCAGAGUUCUUCCAGAAUGCUGUAGAGAAGACUAUGGGAUCACCAAACUCCAGGAUGGAUAAACCCAAAGAAACCCAGCAAGAAUCGAUAGAAGACUUAAGCUCCAAUCCCGACUCUGAUGUACCUGCUCACUCUGAGAUCAUCUCAAAGUUUACUAAGAAGUUAAUGGGAUCAAUACAAGGAACCUUUGAGAUGAUGUGUAGCGAAUUCAUUUCUCAGGAACUUCAACCUAAGAACGUGACAAAAGAUCUGCAGGCUGAGAUACAGAAGAUGCGAUGGGAACAGCACCAACAGAUUCUGGAACUCAAACACAACUUCCAAUUGACCAUGGCUGAAAUGAAGACUUGCUGGGAGGCAGAAAAACAGAGAAUUGUAUCAGAAAUAAAUAGCAUGAAUAGCAAAGACAAGGAGAAAGCCAUCAAUGAAACCAAGAAAAAACAAUGGUGUGCCAGCUGUGGUAAGGAGGCAAUAUUCUACUGUUGUUGGAACACUAGUUACUGUGACUACCCUUGCCAACAGGCCCACUGGCCCAAACACAUGCCCACUUGUAUGCAGACCCAGCAGGCACAAGCUGCAGCCAAUGAAAAGGAGGCAGCUGACAAGGACAACCAAUCAACUGCACCAGCUUCAAGUGUUAAGGCCAGUGCACAAGAUCAAGAACGAACGGUGGACAUUUCUGUUAGUAGUUCCAAGUCUGUGACCGGGAACCUGGUGGCCACUGCCACUGUGAAACAGACCACUCCGGUGUUGGGAAGUGGAGAGAGUCCAAUUGAUGUAGAGAUGGAGAGACCCCGACCCCAGCAGUGGGACCAGCCCAGUGUCCAACCCAUACGUCAGGACUGCUCGCCCUACAUACAUGCUCCUCCCUCUAGUGCUGUACAAGUACCGCAAGCUGGACUCCAGUUCACUUCCAUUGUACCCACUCCUGGGACAGCCUCUCCAAUUAACCAGGAACAAAUGAAGAAGAAGCAAACAUGUCAUGGUUGGUCAGAGCAGAGUAUGGCAGAGGCCUACAAUGCUGUGAUGACAGGUGGUAUGUCUGUUAACAAGGCAGCUAAGGUAUUCCAGGUUCCAAGAAUCCGUCUAGCAGACCGCAUCGCUGCACUCGGAAAGGCGGCACAGUUGCCACCAGGGAGUAACGGUCAGCCGAUUCCACAAGGCAACUGUAAUCCACAGAUGAUGUCUGGGAACAUUGUGACAAGUCAGCCCAUUCUGCAGUAUGUCCAGUCUCCGCAGCCCAUCAUCUCCUUACCGCCUAGCUCUUUACCUGUCCAGCAGUUUACACCACAGAUGGGGAUGCAGACAGUGCAGGUUCAGGGCCAACCAACACCUACUGGCCUAGUGCAAAACCAACAGGCUAUUGUCCAGAAUCGCUCACUUGUUCAACCCAAUAGUUCAGUCCUCUUCCCAAUGAAUGUUGCUGGGGGUGUGAUGCCCGGCAACCUUGUUUUCUCGCAGUCUGGUCCUCGUCCAUAUCAGUUACCAAGGCCCUAUUUGGGUCUGUGAAGGCCCUCUUAGACCAUCUUACUGCAAAUGUCUGGCAGUUUUGUUUCUUCCAGAUUGACCUACUCCACAUUUAAUGCCAAGGCCCUAUCAGAGUCAUUAUAGUCCCUCUCACAACAGAUGCUUGGCUGUCUUAUUUUCUCUCAGUUUGAUCAUAGGCCAUACCUUUUUACUGAGGCCCUAUAAGGGCCUGUAGAACACAUAUCUGAUAUUAUAAACCAUGUCAGUUUAACCUAAGCAUUACAUGUCCACAUAGUUCUGAAUGUUAGGGUACAUUGGAAAAAAAGUCAGAAUGGUUAGUAGCUUGUGUCCAAAUGUGAAUGUUAGUUCAGUAUUUGUCUAAAAACAAAAAAGUGUUCAUAAACUGAAAUCAAAGUUCAAUACUCCUGUCCCUCUGCUAUGCACAACAACAGAAAUGCAAUGUUGAUCUGUGUUGUGAUGUUACUCAAAUAUGAAGCUUGUGUAUACCUUGUAUAUCCUGUGUAUCUAGUUUCAAAAUGUCCUUGGUUUACACCCCCUCCGCCCAUAUACUAAAGACACUUGAUUAAGCUGCUCUUUGAAUUUAACUAGGUUGCACUGGAAAUGAAUUUCACAUAAUGUUUUAUAGAAUCUUACUUUGUUGCCAUUAUGGUGUUAUGUUGUUGGUGCUAAUUUUAUACAGUCAUGAUGGACACGGCGAGCAGUGUUUACGGAAUUCUAUAGUGCUGAUAGUGAGUUUUCACUGUUAUAUUAUGCUCCUAUACUUUUAAAUCUGACAUGUUAAUACCUGUGUGUGUUAAGCCAAAGUCUCAAUGCUAUAUGGAUCAAUAUACAAUGCAGUUACAACCAAAAAUAUCAUUCAUGUUAUGAAUUAUUGUGAAAGAAAUCUUGUUCACACAAUCAAAAAUGAUUUGACAGUUUAAUUUUGCUAUGCAUAAAAUACAACCUGUGAGUUUGAACAGUCGUUGGCAGUAUACCAGUUACUGAAAAGGAUGUUUGUUGGACAGUGAUCAUCUGUCAAAAUACAGUUGCCAUGUAACCCAGCUGAUAAAUAGGAUAUGUAAGAAAGAUGAUAUGUUGAAGACAAAUGCUUUGUGUCAGAAUCUUGUUACACAGUAGUAAUAUUGGAUGUGAAAUUUUAUGGCCCGUAAGUUUACUUUUUGAAGAAAACAAGGUGAUGUCAUUCCAUCAUAAGAUCUAUUUUUGUCCCAUGAUUCAGUAUUUGUACCAAGUAUUAUUUUCAUUUUAUUGUAACAAAAUUUAAAAAAUGAAAUGUGAAGUUUGAUAACAGAACUGCAACAUGUGGGAUAUGAAUUCUGGGGUAAACUAUUGAAGUCAUUUCAUUGCUACUGUCUGCCAGGAUUAAGACCUUGUCAAAACUCACACAAUGUGACUUCAGGUCCAGAUGCUGAAUGUUAUUACAGGUUGUGUACGAGUAGGUGACACAUCAAUGUAUAAGAAGUCAAGUUAUACUUUAUCUCAAUACAAAAUGAAAGUUUGUUUUUGCUUUUCAGUUUUUAUCCUUAAGUCAAGCAAAGGUAAAUCUCAGCCUUUAUUAAAAGAGAUUUGUUCUCUCUCUCUUUCUCUCUCUCAAAUGUGAUAUUCUUUUAAGGAUAUGAAACUAAAACCAAAUGAUUUGAUGAAAUCAACCAGUUGUGUCCUAUUUGGACUGUGGUUGAUGGUAUGUCAGGAUUUUUAUGUUUACAAGUGUGAGAAGCAGUGGUAUAUCAUGGGGUACCAUAUAUUUAUAUAUAUCUGAAUACCUUUCUCAAAGGUUGUAUGACUGAAGGCACUAUACUGAAGUGAAUUUAGGCCUUUUAAAAAUAGUGUUCAUGAUGUUGGUUUCCUUACUCACAUUCAUUUAAGAUGUGUUCAUUUUUUUUCAAAAAAUCAUCACUUCAUAUCAUUUAAAAAAUGGCUGUUAUUUUUCAAAUUCUAUGUUACCAAUAAACAAUACAGCCUUCAUUGAAUAUAUUUGGUCCUCAGAAGGGCUCAGGAAUUUUCAACAAAUUAGAUAUUUAUGAAUGUUAAGGUUAUACUUUGGAAGAAUUUAGAGCAGUUUUUGAAAACAUGAAAUAUACAGAAAAAAAACAACCCUGAAACAGAAAAAUGCAAUUGCUAAGAGCUAUUAAUAUGAUAUACUUUAUUUUUACAACAAUUGCGAAACAAGUUCUACCAACUAACUGGCAUAUUAAUCCCUAUUGUUGGCCUUGAUGGAAGUGCACCAGAGGUCUUAUUGUUUGAGAAAACUGGAGUAUCCAGGGAAAACCAACUAAUCAGGCAGGUGACCCCAUACCUUUUGACAUCCAUUCUGGGAACCCUGGACAGCUAAGUGAAGUGUGAGUGGGUCACCACGGUGUCACCCAACCAUCUAAGAACUAAGAGCUAUUAACAGUUAUAAUGAGCAUUCUGAAAACUUCAUGCCAUAUAUACAUAAACAUUUAAGGAUUUUAGUGAGUGAAAUGAAUAAAAAAAGUUACAGUUUACGGUGUAUGUAAAUUGUGUGCUAUUCAGACACUGAUUUGUCUUGUCAUAAGGUAAGGGGUAUAUGUACUGAUGGGACAAUUUCAAAAGCCCCUGCAGGGACAAAGUUCCCAUCACAUGGUCCAUACUCAAAACAUGGAACUAGGUGAUGGAGACUGUUGGAUUGAGAAUUUAAGCUAAAAUACACUAGACACAUCAGUACAAUUUUAGGAGAGAGUUAAGAUUAUCUUACUAGUCACCGCUAGUGGGAAUUUCCCUGGAGCCAGAUGGUAGAAGGCCAGUUUUGAGACCAAAACUUAACUACUUCAAACCCCAGCAUUGGUAGAGUGUUUUUAUUACUUAAGCUAUACAGUUUAGUUAUUUCCACUACAACUGCCAAAAUUUGUAUUCUAAAAUCUCAAGUGUUUUUAAAUUAUUUUUGGCUGUCAAAUUUUGUCAGUACAUUGCAACCACAUUUUUCAGCCCAUUUAUAACAAUUAGUACAUUUUUACAUUCUCAUUGUGUACAGUUAAAAUCUUAUACAUGACAAUCUGUUACAUUUUUAUCAUAACCAUCUGUAUCACCAGGUCUAUGCUUUGUAUUGAUUUGUAAAAUUUAUGCUGUUUUUGAAUCAUUGAAUGUGACUAUCAGAAAUUUGAUAGUGCAAGAAAACAGGAGUAAAACUGUUUUAAUGAU